AUGGACACCAACAAUGAAAAUGGAGAGUACCAAAAUCUUGGCCAUGCCUUGCACCGUGAUGAAACCCCUUACAGAGUGACCUAUAUUAAUGGAAAAAACAUGAAACAUGUAAGCAGGGUCACCAAAAAUACAUAACAAAUUAACUUUUUUAUUUUAGAACUUUUUUUUAUUCAAUAUUUUUUAGUACUUAUCACCAUGCAAAAUGUAUCUUUUACACGCAGGGGGAUUCUAAUAGAAAUGAGGACUCCUCCAAAAAGAGGUAAGCUAUACUUGUUGUUUUGCUUUGUCAUGAUUCAAGUGUAUGAUGUAACUUGCUUUUCAACAUAAUCAUUUGUCACCUUGCCUAGGAUUCCAGUGAGUCGUUCUGGCAGCGGCAGACUGAGGCGGGUCGUGUCGUGCAAGAGAAAAACUUAUCAUCUGGCAGUGGCCCGGAGGAAGCAGAAUGGGAGCGGGAGGACUUACGAUGCUGCAAACAAGGAAAAUGAGAUGACCUGUUUGCAGGACAUGCACCAGGAGAUCUUCGACAUGGACUCUUGGGAGUUUCCUCUAAGUGUCAAUAAUAUCCACAAAACUGGAAGAACUGGUUCUGAACAAACAGACUACAGUACGCUCACUGAGGUCAGAAAUAUUGCAUGGCUCAGACAAAACACCUGUUUCUUUUGCUGUGUUUGUUUGUUUUUUUUAAAUGAGUGACUGUGUUGCUGAUAUGAAGAUAAAAUUUGACUCCAACAAUGUUUUCCAGCUCACACGGGAUCACAGCACCAUGACUGACAUCCUCUUUGGGAGAAACCUGAGACUGAAAGUCUCUUUAACACUGUGGCAGAGAAAUGUUGGGGAGCUGUUGACAUACUUUCUACGGUAAAUAUAGUGUGAAUGCCUCUGACAAUGUGACAUACAUCAUGAUAGUGGAAAUUCAGAGUAUUUGAGCUUCACUGUCUCUGCACAGAAUCCAAGACAUUGGUGUAUUAGUUGAUUUUCUCCCAAUGAUCAGCAAAAGGUAAGCCAGUGAGUCUUUAAAAAUUUAGGUGACACCGACUACAAGAAGAGUAAAUGUUGCUUAAACCCAAUUUUCUCUGCAGCAUUGAGGAGGAUUCUCCCAGGAUCUCAAUUGGCUGCUGUGUUGACCUGUUCCCUUUGGUUAAGAAAGUCCUCUCCAAUCCUUAUGAAGAGUAAGAAUCUCUGUAGGAAUGAAGUAAAACUCCGAGCAUGAAGCAGUAUAACUCAUUUUAGGAAAUUUUGAUAGACUGAAAACUGUAUUUCUGUUCCCACAGGUAUCUUAAUGUUGGUUUGAAGUGGAUAAAUUCAGUUCUGAUAAACUGGUGGGAGGAGCUGAGAGCAAGCGGCUGUAGUGGAUCAACUACAGAUAAGUGAGUUUAUUGUGUUUUCUGAACAGAGUGGAAGAUAAAAGGUUAAACAGCUACACAUCACAUAAAAACACAUCAGUUAGCCUUUAUCAGAAACUCACUGGUGCAAUAAUCAUGCAGCACGUUAUAAAAAAAGCGAUUUUCAGUGUUGGGCACAGCCAUUGUGGUUAAGUGUUCAUUUUUGGUUGGUACAGAAACUUCCAGCUCUUUAAUCAGCAGUUGUUGGAUUUAUGGCGUCAGGAACCUUCUCUGAAAUCUGUUCCAGGAACUGCAGGGGACAUGGCAAAGGUCAGUGCUGCAUGUAUGAAUAAAUCAUUAUCACUGUCACUGUUGGCUUUGAAUUUUUAUACAAAAUGUCCUUGUCUUACAUGAAUAAUCUUUUUCCUCUUAGGUCAUUGAUUCUUUUCUGUCUCAGCUUACCUUGUGA